AGUCAUAACUCAUAAGACAAAAUAAUAUAUACAUAUUUAACAUUGCAUGUUUUGGAAGUUGUUCUAAGAUUCUUUGUACUUUUGUUUUUACUCUGUUUUGAAAUCUCUCUUACCAAGUCUUUAGUUAGCUCAACCGUAUCUUUGUCAAUCAUUUAUAUCCACCCCCACUUUCGAUAGAUUUGAAUUUCAAGCUAAUACCGAGAGAAUUUAAGUACCCCCAGUUGACCACCAAGUCCAUUUUUUUUCUUCCUCUUAGAAACAAAGCUGAAGAAGAAGAAGAAGCUGAGAAGAAGUUUCAAGUUGGAUUUGGGUGUAAUUUUUGUUUUUUUUGUUCAAGUGUCUAGCAAGCUUGGAUUUUUCAAGUUUUUUUUUUUGUCAAAGGUCUCUUCUUUUUGUUUUUACUGGAAAUGGACUUUUCUGAUGUUAAUCUUUAGGAUUAAAGACAUCUUCUACUUUUUUUAUGACAAAAAUUUCAUUCUUCCCCUUCCCUUUCUUUAUUUGAAAUUAUGAAAUUGGGUUCUUGUUUUUUUCUUUUAUCUGCUUUUUUUAGUUUUUUGUGAGGUUUAGAAAGAUGCAUGUAAGGAAAGGGCACUCAUUAUGGGUAAUGGGUCAGCCUAUGAGUUGUAUCAGUAUGGAAAAAGAAAAACCAAGUCCUUGGAGCACGAAAGGGGACCAUUAAGAUCUGUCCUUUGGAUUGUUCUUGUUUUACCUUUUAAUUUUACAUUGACUCAAUUUGUUUCAUCAUUUAAUUGUGGUUUUGAAUCUUUUUUACUUAGUGGAAACUGAAAAAACCCUUGAAUUGCUUUUUCCUUUUUCCGAUUUACUGUUUGCCCCACUACUUUUGAAAUCUCAGUUUUGGUUUCACUUUUUCUUUUCCAUCCAUCAAUCCACAUUUUCAUUAGACUUUUCAUCCCUUUCAAUGGGUAUGAAAAGGGCAGAAAAGCAACCAACUUCUCUGCUUUUAAAUAAACUUUGAUUAACUCUUCAAGGGGUUGUCAAGUUUUCCCUUUGCUUGUUUUUUUUUUAGGGUCACAAUGGAAGCUGCUUUUGUGUUCCAUAAUUAGCAGUGGGAGAUAACCCCACUUCUUUUUGUUUCUUAUAAUUGCAUAUUCUUUACAUCUAGUCGUUUUCCUUUUCCUUUUUUUUUUUGUGUGUUAAUUAUAUCCUCAUAAUAUUCUCAGCUUUUGCUUUAGCUCUGAUUUUCAUGAAGUGGGAAAGCAAUUCAUUAACUCUGAAAUGGUUUCAAAGAUAUUUUUUUUUUCUACAAAAUUUCCUUUUUGAAAUAAUUUCUACUUCAAUAUCUGUUGGUUGUAUGUGAUUUAAAUCAAAGGUGCCAGGGUGAGUUUAUUUUGAUUUGUAUGGUUGUGUUGAAAAUGACUGGUAGCUGUGCAUUCAUUGACUUCCUUUGUCCUCACCUGCAUAUUCACAAGCCAUAUAGUACUCUGUCCAGAACAACUCAUUCUUACAAAAGAUCAUUGAUGACCAAAUCUAUCUUAAGUUUCCCAAAUUUAAAAUUCUAGAAAAAAUAAAAUAGUCUUUUGAUGUUUGAAUUGCAGAAUUUAUGAUGCUUGUUUGCAUAUGGGGUUGAUAUAGAAGCCAAACUAUUUUGGAAAUUCCAGGGUCCUCUCUAUUUGGAAGAAAGCUAAAUCCCAUGAAUACAAGAUGUUUGACUCUUCGCUUGUUCAAUCUGCUUUAAGCCAAAAUGAAGGUCAGCUAGAUGUUGUUAGUGAACUUCAAGACAAUAACUCAUCGAUAGAGGAAACAAGUUAUAAUGAAGAGACUGGAAGUGUUGAAUCAUGUUCUAAAAGCAGCGAUUUUUAUCCUUACAGGUUUCAACUUGAGCAGGAUGUACAUAGAUUGCAACAAAAGCUGCAAGAAGAGAUAGACUUGCAUUCUGUUUUGGAAAGUGCUAUAGAGAAAAAUGCUUCAGAAUUGUCGAGUCCUUCAUGCCUUCCACACCAUGCUCAGGAGCUUCUGUCCCAUAUUGCUGUAUUGGAAGGUACCAUCUCAAAACUUGAACAGGAGAUGAUCUCUUUGCAUUUUCAACUUAGUCAAGAGAGAAAUGAACGGAGGCUUGCUGAAUAUCGAUUGAGGCAUUCAGUUUCUCCAUCGAUGUCACCAUCAUCAAGGUGUUUGCAGCACUCAGAUUCUGUAUUACAUCAUUCCUCAGAUGAUAACUCAUGUCAAGAGCGUACUGACCACCCCUCAGAAUCUACUGGUGAUUCAUCGUCUUUGGAUUUGGUAAGAGAGAAGAAUGCAAUGGACAUGAUUUUGCAUCAUGACGGGAAGAAAAUAUCUGCAAAGACAGAUGGAAAAUCUCUUCAACCUUUAAGAUUUGAGGAGAUUUCACGAGGGAUAACGCCUAAAGGCCUUUGGGAUCACCCUAACCGGCUAUCAGAAGAGAUGGUGAGAUGCAUGAGAAAUAUAUUUAUAUCUCUUGCAGAUUCAGCUGUACCUUCCAAAUCAUCUGUGUCUAAUAGCCACAGCUCAACUCUAUCACCUCGGGGACAUCUAUCAAAUUCAUCGUGGUGGACAUCAUCAGAACGUUCGAUGAUUCCUUCUUGGGUGCAGAGCCCUCAAGUUGAUAUCCAAAGCAACUCUGAAGUUUUGGCUUCAGAGAAUUCCUUUGAUCCAUACAGAGUACGUGGGAAAUUAAGCUGGGCUGAAAUUGGAAAUUAUGGAUUAUCAACUGAAGUAUCUUGGAUGUCAGUUGGGAAGCAGCAGUUGGAAUAUGCAUCUGGGGCCUUAAGGAAGUUCAGAACACUUGUGGAGCAACUGGCUAAAGUGAAUCCUAUACACUUGAGUUGCAACGAGAAGCUUGCCUUUUGGAUCAACUUGUAUAACGCCCUAAUCAUGCAUGCUUACUUAGCAUAUGGGGUUCCAAGAAGUGACUUGAAGCUCUUCUCCUUGAUGCAAAAGGCAGCAUAUACAGUUGGAGGCUACUCCUUCAGCGCAGCUGCAAUCGAAUAUGUAAUUUUGAAGAUGAAACCACCAUUGCAUAGACCACAAAUUGCUUUGCUUCUUGCCCUUCACAAACUGAAGGUGUCAGAUGAGCAACGCAAGUCUGCAAUCGAUACAUACGAACCACUUGUAACUUUUGCACUCAGUUCUGGGAUGUACUCAUCACCUGCGGUGAGAAUUUACACUGCUAAGAAUGUUAGGGAAGAGCUUGAAGAAGCACAACGCGAUUUUAUACGAGCUUCGGUUGGGGUUAGCAGCAAAGGGAAGCUAUUAGUUCCGAAGUUACUGCACUGCUUCGCUAAGGGCUUUGUGGAUGAUUCCAAUUUGGCAGUAUGGAUAUCUCAUUACCUGCCACCAAAUCAAGCUGCCUUUGUGGAGCAAUGCAUAUCACAAAGGAGGCAAAGCCUUCUUGGAUCUCGAAAUUGCGGCAUUCUUCCCUUCGAUUCACGCUUCCGUUACUUAUUCUUGCCAGAUAAAAAUAUUUCAAUCCAAUGAUAAUAUGUCGAUAAUAGGCUUUACAUCUUCUCCUUGCUUGUUGAGUUGAAUCACACAGAGAGUAAGGUACAAAAAUUAGUGAAUGGUAACAUAUAAUUCCUUGAGAAAGACCAGGGUGAUUAGCAGUUUUGGUGUGUCCCCAUGCAUCAAGAGUGACAAUACUUAUUUUGUGUGGUGUACAUUUUCUACAUGCAUGGCUGAUGCACCUGCUUUAGCUGUUGUAUUUUCUUUAUCCAACAAGGUUAGAAUAAAUACUUCGCCUAUAAUCAAA